AUGACUGCACUAUUAGAUAUGAAUAAUGACUGGUGCUUUAACAUUGACAGAGGGAUGUUAAACGGUGUCGUCUUCUUAGACUUAAAGAAAGCUUUUGACACCGUUGAUCAUCUUAUACUUGUGACUAAAUUAGAAUAUUUAGGAUUGGAAAAAAUAGCGGUUGAUUGGUUUCGAUCCUAUCUGACUGACAGGUACCAAAGAUGCUUUGUCAAUGGGUGUUUGUCAGAUGAGAUUAAAAUUACUUGUGGUGUUCCCCAAGGCUCUGUACUUGGACCUCUACUCUUUCUCAUAUACAUCAACGAUUUGGCAUCUUGCUUUGAUCACGGCACUGCACGAAUGUAUGCUGAUGAUACAAAUUUGUCUUUUUCUGCAUGUUUUCCUAUUGAACUUCAACGUCAAAUGGAACGUGAUUUAAGAAAACUUGAAUUAUGGCUUAAAGCUAAUAAAUUCACUCUAAACGCCUUAAAAACUGAAUAUAUGAUUAUAGGAACUCGGCAAAAGAUUGCUUCAUUGAUCGACGAUGUUGCACUUUCUAUUGGAGGUAUUUCACUUUGUAAAGUAAGACAUGUAAAAUGCUUAGGAGUCACAAUUGAUGAAAAUUUGACGUGAAAAAAACAUGUUGACAAUGUUAUUAAAAAGGUCUCAAUUGGCAUGGGUUUAUUACGUAGAACUAGGAAUUUUUUGACAGAAAAACAACUCAUUACUAUAUAUCAUUCAAUCAUUGAACCACACUUUGAUUACUGUUGCAUUGUUUGUGAUUCUAUGAGUGAUACACUGGCAAAUAGAAUACAAAAAUUACAAAACCGGGCUGUUCGUAUUAUUAGCCGGGCCGAUUACUUUGUUAGGUCUGCUGCCAUGCUCGAAAAAUUUGGGUUGCCGACUCUAGAUGAGAGAAGAAAACGGUUUAAAAUGUCCAUGUUGUUUAAAAUCUUGAAUAAUGAUGCUCCAACUUAUUUGAAAGAGUUAUUUAACUAUAACGACGGAGCUCAAUCCCUUGGGCUACGUAAUGCGAAUUUAAAUCUGUCACUGCCAUCAGUCAAAACAGAAUCGUAUCAACAAAGCUUUGCUUUUUCUGGCGCCAAGCUUUGGAACACCUUGCCAAAUGAUCUUAAAACAGAAACAUCUUUAAAAAAUUUUAAAGAUAAAUUAGCUACACAUCAACUCUCUGUUCUCUAAUAUUGAUAUAUAAUAUUUCAUAUAAUUAAAUUGCAUGCACGGCUUACGGGAAGAACAAGGAUGUAAAUAUGUAAAUAUGUUUUCUCUUUGAUGUAAUUACCGUGUUGAAAUAAAAUUUUUAAUAAUAAUAAUAAUAAUAAUAAUAAUAAUAAUAUAUAUAUAUAUAUAUAUAUAUAUAUAUAUAUAUAUAUAUAUAUAUAUAUAUAUAUAUAUAUAUUAGUACAAUCUGCAGACAUGCAUAUUUCGGCGUUCAACGCCUCGUCAGUGCAGCGUGGUACACGUCUAGACUCUAGAUACAUGAUACAUUCGUAUUUAUACACAUGAGCGUGCUCUCACCAAGCGCAUGUGGUACAACACGAAGAUACCGACGCAUUCAGACAUGCGCAAAGUGUAAUGGGGCCAAAGUGCUCAAACAGCCACAAGGGAAGUGAGCUUUGCAUUAGGCUAUCGCUAAUAGUCCCCUGGCUUGUUUAAGGAAGCCUUGAGUUUUGAAAUUAAGAAACUAGUACGAAUUAGAAGUUCAUCGGAGAUAGCGCAAGAGGAAAGAACUUCAAAGUCAUCAAUCGGAAGGCCACGCAGUAAUAAAUUUACGUGGUGUUUCCACAAACAAAAAGAAUUAUAUGUUUUAUCGCAAUGGAAUUCUACAAAGAACUUAUUACUUGGCACUUCCUUUAUCUUCUUGUAUUUAUAAUGGUAUUGUUCGUUUGAGUUAUGUAAAUAUUGUUUAGUUUUUUAUCUGCCAAAUUAAAGUUGUAAACACCUAGUAAGUGUUCCAAUACUCGUGUGUGUAAAUGACGGACCGUUUGGCCGACAUACGACGGGGCAAAUUAUCUGAGAUCCUUAGGAAUUUGAUCUUUAAAAAAAUAAAGAGUUAGACCCACCCGGUUUAUUCCACAUCAUGGACAUCGUAUUGACACAAAGGAAAUAAGUUCAAACACGUGCAUGCACACUGACUUACACAACCAAUUUCUUGAGUUUGCAUAUUUAAAGUAUAUGUUUCUCAUCCUGUACUAUCAAAACUUCACAUGUCACUGCAUGUAAACUAAAAGCCACUUCUAAUUUCUUGUCAAUUAGUUCAUAAAUACAACUUUCUGAAUUGAUAUGAUAUGGUAUGAUAUAACCUUUAUUUAAGCAGGGUGACCCUUUCAGCGCCUACGAGACACUGUUAUCAAUAGGAGCACAGCACUAGAACUGAUACAAGAAUACAAAAAUCAUUAUAAUCUACAUAUUACCACAAAUAAAUAAACUAUGUUAGGCGUGUAAGUCCAUAUUGAUAAAAAGAAUCAAUAACACUAAAAGAUUAGCAUUGUCCCUCGAUCAAUGAUUAAAACGGUUAAAAACAACACAGCCGUUGUAGAAAAAUGGCUUCUUCGUCGAUUCAAGUCUAACACGAGGCAACAGUAAAAGAUUGCUCUCUGUCUAGUUGUUCUAACAAUAAUUUCUCUAUUAUAAGUAAAAUAAUGUUCAAAAUAUUUAGGCAUAUAACCUUUGAGCAUUCAUUUUAUUAGUUUUAAGACAUGUCCAUUACGUCUAUUUUCUAAUGUGUCCCAAUUAAUCAUUGUCGUUUCUAUUGCAGCACUUCCAAGUACAAUCGCAGUGGUCAAAUAUUGGUAGUAUAAACGAUUUGAAGAUCCUGCUUGCAGAAUAUGUUGUUAGAUAA